UUCAGGUUCAACUCAUCGGAAGGAAAAAUCAGUGUUAGUUCAUCCUACGCUAAUCACGCGCCCGGCCUGAAACAUUACCACUCUACCCAUAAGCGAGGAUUUUGCAAACACAGGCAGGCAGAUGCCAGACCUAUCAACCCUAGCCUCAACUCCUGCUUUCCCUCCGUUUCUCCCCUUUUCUCCAAGCUCCUCCAUAACAACUCAUCAUCUCCCCACCCAAAUCUUUAACAAGAUCAACCCUAGUCUGUACCAACCCUAUCAUACUCUCCAUGGUGCCAGACAACCACCUUCAGCUUUCACCUACAACUCCCUCAUUAGGACUUACAUCCAGGACCAUCUCCCUCACCAUGCACUCUUCCUCUUCAACCACAUGCUUUCACAAUGCGUGUGUCUUCCGGACAAGUUCACAUUCCCCUUGGUCCUCAAAGCCUGUUCCCAGAUGUCAGCCCUCCAAGAAGGCAUGCAAAUACACUCCAUGGUCCUCAAAAUAAACAACUUGUCCACUGAUGUCUACGUCCAGAGCUGCCUUGUUGAUGUGUAUGUGAAAUGUGGCAGAAUUGAUGUCGCACUUCAGGUGCUUGAUGGAAUGCCUGAAAGAACUGUUGUUGCUGGAAACUCUAUAGUUGAUGGUUAUGUGAAGUCUGGUGACAUGGAUUCUGCAUAUAGAUCCUUUAUAGAGAUGCCUGAGAGGGAUAUUGUCUCAUGGAAUUGUUUGAUUGGAGGGUGCGUGCAGAAUUCUCUUCUGAAUGAGGCCCUUGCGCUGUUUCUUGAGUUGCAGUUGUCUGGUCUCCAGCCUGAUGAACAGACAAUGUCUAUUAUGCUUUCUGCAGUCUCUGAUAUUGGUCUACUUGCGGCAGGUAAGAUGGUGCAUGGGUACAUAAUGCGCCGCGGGUUAUCUUUGAAUGGUGCUGUAGGGGUUGCAUUGACAAACAUGUACACUAAAUGUGGGAGCAUCGGUGCUGCCUCCAAUGUUUUCAGAAGCAUUCCAGCUAAAAAUGUGGGUCACUGGACAUCGAUGAUAGGAGGACUGGCAGCACAUGGCCUCGCGGAGGCUUCUCUUCUUCUGUUCUCUGAGAUGCUUUGUUCUAGCACAAAGCCGAAUGACAUUACUUUUGUUAGUGUCUUGAGCGCUUGCAGUCAUGCUGGACUUCUAAAUGAAAGCUUAGUUUGUUUCGACCUCAUGGCACACUUUGGCAUAAGGCCAUCAAUCGAGCACUACGGUUGUUUGGUAGAUGUGCUAGGCCGGUCUGGGUUUCUACAAGAAGCACUAGAAAUUAUUGACAAGCUACCCAUGAAACCAAAUAUGGUGAUCUGGUCUACAUUGUUAGCUUCUUGCAGGAAUCAUGGCAAUGUAGAGAUUGCAGAGAUUGCAGCUAAAAAUUUGAUUCAAAUUCAACCUAGUUAUGGUGGUGGGUAUCUUCUUCUAUCAAAUCUUUAUGCUCGAAUUGGAAAAAGGAAGGAUUCAGCUAAGCUGAGGAUGAUGAUGGAGGAGAGCAGGGCAGAAAAAGUUCAUGGUUUCAGUUCAAUUGAGGUUAAUGGCUCUGUGCAUGAAUUUGUAGUCGGGGACAAGUAUCAUGUGCAGACUAGGGAAAUUUAUGAGAUGUUGGAUGAGAUGAAAUGUAAUUUAUUAUCUGCUGGUUAUCAACCAGAGGCUUGUGAUCUUACCUACUGUCGAGAGAGCAUUGAGGAGGAGGAUUAUUGAGUCUGCAUGGAGAAGUGCCAUAGAUGACUGAUUUUCAGGUUUCGAGGUUCUUUCAACUGCAUAAUUUGCACAAAUAAUUACUAGCACAUUGCAGGGCCAAAGAAGCGAAUAUGGGGGCGUUUUGAAGCAAAACAUAUCAACUUACUGAAUCAGAACAUCACCACGGCUCAUAACGGCCAUGCUGACAUCUUACCACUGUCGUUAUCCAUUUCCAUCAUAGCCGUUAUCAAGCUGUGACAGAGUGGAAUAACAAAGAAUAACAGAGAAGUUACAACGGCCUCAACAACGGCCGUUGUGAACCAUUACAGCUAUGACCAAUCCACACAAUGCCCAGAAAAUAUCAUACCAGGAUGCGACUUGGAGUCCAAGCAACAACUCACUCACCACGGCAUCCACAAUGGGCGUGGUGAGGCCGUGGUGGACUCGAUAUUAUAAAACCCUAGGGUUUACUGUUUAAAGGGAGAUUCUUUUGUUGAAUUUCGUAGAGCGGCCGGAGUUCUGCAGACCUAAGUGGCUGGAGAUGAAUUUCAUUACUAUUUCAGCAGAUUCUAAUGAGUUUUCCAAGAGUGAUUUAACAUGCAUCAAUAGUGUAGGGCGUGCGAAGAGAUUCGGCGCUGUUUUGACGAUCUUGGUAUCCUUUCAACCUCAACCAUCGGAGAUCUAUUAGAGGGAGUUAGUUUAGAAAUUCUUUAUUCUUUGU